GUCGUGCGUUUCUAUGGCUGCGCUGAGCAAGUCGUUGGAGGAGACCAUUCGCUGGCGCAGCUGCCAAGAGCUGCUCCAUCCGCGUAGCUGCCGGCGGGCGGCACUCGAAAAUGUCUGCCGCUUUGCCUGGUCCAACUCGAAGUAUUAUCUGCCAGUGGUCUUGCUGCAUUUGGGGAAGCACGGCAUCCUUUCGGGCGGUGGCUGGUUGUCGCUAAACCUACUGCUGGAUUCGUUGUGGUACUAUGCCCAACUGGUACUCGGCGGCGUGGCGAAUGCCAGCCUCAUAUCGAUCUCCAUGUGCAGCCUACGCAACCUGCUGGGAAAGUUCCACCUGUACACUUUGCUGUUUAUUCCGGCUGCCAUUGGGGGCAGCAUCUGUGCUUGCUUUCCCAGACGCGUGAAGCACCUUCAGCACACGGCCAUAUUUCAGUCACUCAUUGAGAGUCUUCUGCUGCAUUCCAAUCCGUUGGCCAGAGCCGUAACGCGUUCCCUGCCGCUGCAAUCUCUGAUCUUCAUGUGCUGCAGCGCCGUCAUCCUGGAGGGCAAACAGAAACGCUGGGGGCAUAGUGGCUUUUGGUUUCUAACGCCCGACGCUGCACCGACUGUGGAUGAUCUUCCUGGAAAGGGGUGCACACACCCUGAACUCGACUGCCGUCUUUACGUAGUGCGUGGCAUUCGCAACUAUCUAAUGAUUGGACUCGCUUUGGAUCUCUUCAGGGCCAUUAUCAGCUGCACGAAGGCAGGCGAGUGGCGUUUGAGGCAUCUUAGUCUCCAGUCAACGGCCUGGCUGGGCUGCUACGUGGGCAUCUACAGGGCCGUUCUCUGCUAUCUACGACACGGGCCAGUGGUCAAGGACUCGUCGAGGCAUCUAUGGGCUGGCUUUCUUGGGGGCCUCAGCUAUCUUCUCUACCCGAAACCGACUAUUUUAAGUUACGCCAUGCUAGAGGCCAUUCGCACACUGUGGGCAAGACACCAAGGAUCGAAGAAGGACUCAAAGAAGCGUCACGGCUACGGCUAUGGCGAUCUGGCGUUCCCCGUUGCUCUGGCCUACCUCAUUCACAACUACGUACUGCAGUCGCAGAGGGUGAGCGGACUGUCCGGCGUCAUCAUCGACAAUACUACAGCCAACUACGCAUUAAACAUCAGAAAGCGCCUAGCCCGCCUGUGUUGAAUCGAUUAGACUAUUGUUUUAUGUGCGUUCCGUUCAAAUAAACUUUUCCAAUGUUUUGCAUAU